AUAUGAGUCUGAUCAUCUGGGUUUUUAUUUCGUAGCUCAUAUCAGCUGACAACUAACAUCUACGAGAUAGUGUUUAACUUGAGCCACGCCUUGACACUGUUACCAAGUUAAUACAAAGAGAGUUUGCUGAGAAAUGGCAUUUUACAAAAAGGAAAUUUUGGUAUCCACAUCUGAACCUUCCAAAUGGAAUUUGUCUCAUAUUGAUGACAAAAUAGAAUUGAAUAACAAUAGUACAUUUUGGUAUUCACCUUUGUUUCAAAAUAACAAAACUCUACAGAGAAGCUGGAAUAAAACAAAGAGUGGCUCUGAUGAUUAUUCAAACUCAAAUGAUUUUUUUAACAAUUAUAAAAUAUCAUUCCAUUUAUUCGAUUCAGAGGAAUUUGAAUUAACAUCGGAAGGAUUUGAGAAAUCAAUUACAGUGUUGAAUUUGAUAAUCGCAUUACUGGGUUUCGUAGGAAAUAUCAUCACCAUCUUCACAGUUUUGUGCUGUAAAAAGUUUCAUACUCCAACAUUUGUUGCGAUAGGGUUUCUUGCUUUUUCUGAUGCUCUAAAUAUCAUCAUUAUUUUUGUGGAGAAAUUUUCGAAUCUCGAAUAUUAUCUUUAUUAUCAUGAUUUUGUGAGCAAAAACUUUUUUUGGUAUAUGGUUUAUUCAUUUUUAUGUUUAACAGUUAUGAAUUGUUCAAGUGCACAUAUGGUGUUUCUCUCUAUGAUCAGAUACUUAUUAACAGUCCAUCCCUUAGAGAGCAAGAUACGACUUACUGUGCCAAUUGUUAUAGCAAUGUGUUUAAUGAUCUGGGUUUAUUCUUUCCUGUUUUCAGCUUUCAUAUUUAAGAUUAUAUCAACGAGUAUUAAAGAUUUUUAUGAUACUUAUAGUUUAACGGGUCUUACAGGCAUGAUUAUUCGUCUUCUUUGGGGCUCUAUUUCUAUCUGUGCAAUCAUAAUUAUACAUAUCAAGAAGAUAAAAGCUCUAAAAAAUGCUUCUGUAACAAACAUUAUUCAUAAGAGAAUGAAUGUUGUUAUUUCUAUCAUAUUAUUAAUUUUUGUUUCGUAUGAAAUCUCUCUGAUGCUUCGUUACAUUGCUGACAUUGCUUUCGAAUAUUUCAUUGUUUUGAGAAUUCCUAUUUACUCGAUCAUUCGGCAAUACUUAUUCAGUAUUACUACACUCUUCGGACUAAUAAAUUACUCUUGUAAUUCUUACAUACUCUUUUUUGCUUCACAAAUGUGUUUUAUAAACAAACAUGAGAAACCUAAGAGAAGUACAAAGUGAAAUCAAUCACUCUAAUUUGAUUUUAUUGACAUUUUGCAUGAAUCCUUUCAUUUACCGAUCCGCAUUACAAUUUAGCAGGGAAUUGAAAAACAUCAUUUUACCCGCUGGAUGUAGAUACCUUACAUAUUGGCACGCUUUUUAAAUAAAUUCUAUAAACAUUAACAUGGAACGUACGGUUUCUAAACAAUAAAUUAUGCUUUUGUUUUUUCAAUGCAGAAAAUCGGCACAAUAAAUUAAGCUUUUGAUA